AUGGAGUAAUUAAUAAGCGGAGUAGACUUAACAACUUUUAAAUAAUAAUAAAAAAUAAGUGUAUAAAAUUUUGAAUAGAUUGUUAUGGUUAGUUUUGAUGACAAUUUGAGUGGUGGUAGGAGUGAUUGAUAUGUAUGGAAGUUAUGUAUAUAUUGAAAGAGAAUCUCUUUUGAAAGGAUGUGUAGAUGGGAGUUGUACAAAGCUUUGUUAAUUGGGUGUGGCUGAUUGUAGUAAGUCUGUCCCGUAUGUGAAUAUGGUUAUUUUUUAUUCGAAGAAAAAUAUUGUGUUUAAUGAUAUAGUAUAUAUUGAAUAAAUUAAAGCCCUGGAUUUUCAUCAAAUAUGCGAUAUGAUUGUAUGGAUUGUUCCGAAAAUCCAAGUGAAUGGGUUGAAAGUAGAUUAUGCAGUUAUGGAUAUGAAAUAGUAAAUGGUGAUUCAGCAACAAGUGUUUUUUAGAAACAAAAUGAUUCAAGUUCAACAUUAUAUUUUAUUGUUGCAUCAAAUUAAUAAAUGACAAAUAUACUGGGUCGUGAAGUGAAUUUUCCAUAUAUUGUAUAAUUAUGCGAAGGAUGUGAAUAAUUUUGCAAUGAUGAUGAUGAGGAUGAUGAAUCAUGUAACUUUUUUGAAGAUUAUAAAAACAAUGACAUAGAUCCAUAAGUAGGAGUAUCAUGUUUAGAUGGUUAUUAUUUUGAAAAUGAUAAUUGCUUAAAAAGUUAGAAUAGUUGUUUAAAAUGUAACCAAAAAGGAUGUCUAAUUUGUUAUAAGGGAUAUUUAUUAAAGAAUAGGGCUCAUUGUGAGUAAUGUCCAUUAGGAUGUUUAGAUUGUAAUUUUAGAUUUGAUGAGAUUACAAUAGAAUAUUAUGAAUGCGAAUAAAAUGAUGGAUUAGGAAAAUAUUAUUUGCCAAAUUUAUUUUUAACAAGUUGUGAAACUUGUGAUUUUGGAUGUUCUAAUUGUGAAUUUAUGACAUAUAAUGAAACAGGAUAUCCAAAAAUAUUUAACUAGAGAUAUGAAAGUAUAUAUAAAAAGAUGAAGAUAAUGUAAAGGAGCAAUCUCAUUCAUAACUUCAAAUGGAAAAUAAUGUAAAAAUUAUAACAUUCCAAAUUGUUAAUAAUGUUAUUAAGAUUGAGGUGGAAUUACUACUCUUGA